CCCCCCUCCCUCCCCAUCAUCGCCCAUCUUGUUCUUCUCUCAACUUACCUGGAGGGGGGGCAGAGCGAUGACCCAUAUAUACUGCAAUGCCGCUGUUUAUUUUGUUCAAUGAGCGUUCGCAUAUGGGGAUUGUCUGGCCACUUGUCUGGCCACUUUUGCUCGUCCACAUAAAACCGUCCUGCUCCCCCCGCGCGGGUUUUUCGUGGAUACAUACGAUCCCGGUUGGCUGUCUAGACCGCCGGGGACGUCAUACAACGCGUGUAAUGCGUUGCAUAGCCUCUCGAGAGACCAAGCAGGCUCUUUGGAUGGCCUACGCUACGGGUUUCCAUUUUAUGGAUGCGUACAGAGUCGGCAUUCUAUUUGUAUCCGAGGAUGACAUCUCAGUUUUUGAGUUGGGGCCUUUUGUCCUGUCUGUGCAAUUUGUCCAUGCUGUUGCAGCGUGGCCUUUUUCCUGGAAGAAAAGCUCCAGACCCACUUUCAACUAUCAUAGGACUUUGAACUUUCAACUCUGAACUGGAGUCCUGUCUUGAAGGCGACCUCUGGAGGAACUGUCGAGCCAUUGGUAGCCUCGGUCUCGUAACCUUGACCAUGAGUCAGGCCCC